AUUUAGCCGCCGUCUCCGUCGACCGCCGGCCGUCCAUCAGUUGGAACACUCCAAAACAUUAGCCCACGAAGAAGCAUUGUGCGCUACAGUCCACCACUUGGAGAAGUCCUGCCCCAUCAAUCGCCUAAGUAAGGUUUGGCCCCCCGCCAUUUGGUCCUUCUGCGCCAGCAGACCCCGAACCAGCAGCAAGUAUUAGAAAAAGUCCCUUUGUAAACCAUGGAUCACGAUGAGGCACCUCAGCCAGCACCGCGAACGUUCCUAAAGUCGCAGAUUGGAACCACCCACAGCAUACGUUCGGCGAAUCAUCCCACGGAGGAUUAUAAGCGGUGCCGAUUGUGCGCCGGUCAUCAUGCGCUCCGAGUAUGUCCAGCGUUCUUAGGCGUACAGCCACAGCAGCGCUUCUUACUGGCAAGGGCGCACAAGUACUGCACGAACUGCCUGGCGCUUUCGCAUCCGACCGCCCAGUGCACGUCCACUACCACCUGCCGCACUUGCUCUCUACAGCAUCAUACACUACUGCACCGGAAUGGUAUACCGGCAGCCCGCCGCACGAGGGCGAACUCCGCAGUGCAGCCCCCCAAACGCCUCGACCAGACAAACAAAAACGCUCCCCAACGUGGGGGAUCAGGGCGUACAUCACCGCCCUACAACCACACCCGACACCAUCCCACCAGAGGGAACCGUAAAGUGCGCUUCACGAGGAAGGGAUUCCAAACUGCUGGCUAUCGUAGCAAGGCUACCAAAAUUUUGGUUCACGAGGCAAUGAGGGCUCUACGGGAGCUGAAGGAUGCACUAGCCGCCUAACGCGGCCAGGGCCGGGAGGAUGGCUACGCGAGCACUGCAACACUUAUAUUUAAUUAACACAAUUUGUAGCUAGCUUACUAGUGUGCAUUUCAUUUUGAAUUUUGUAUCUCUUGAAUUUUGUAUAUUUUGAAUUUGUACUUUGAACUAGCUCUGGUGUGCACCCUUUGUAAGCUUAUCUUAGGAGUGGUUGGCAACGCAUGCCCAACUCGCUCGCUACCAAAUCGCUGUAUACUCAUUUGUAUGUAUAUAUAUGCUUUGCAUCUUUUGACAGCUGUAUUAUUACAAUUUUAUUUCUUCGCUUAUAUAGACGUAACUGCAGUGCUCGUGCGCGAAAUAUUUCAUUAAACCUAUUGUCUCAUUGUUUUUUGUAUAUUCGGAUAUUGAAGUCAAUUAAAGUUCGCAUUAUACGCGAAAAUUUGCAUCUUUCUUUGUAAUCGAAAGCCAAGUGAAUAAAUCGUUCAAAAGCAAAACAUUUGGUGUUUCAUUUCGUGGCCGCGAGUUGAAGGCGUUUUUGAACGUAGCGCGUAGUUUGACGCACCACACUUGCAAGCAACUUGCUAUACAACGGCACGACUCCUAACCUGCUGAAACCAUCCCCGUCAUCGUUGGAGUUUUUGGCGUAUUCAAAGUUGAACAUCCAUUUAGCCGCCGUCUCCGUCGACCGCCGG